AUGGAAUCCGGCGCUCAGAUCAGACGACAAUGCCACCCCGUCCCGACUGGCCCGACUCCUCUAGAAAUAGAUACGGCGAUAGAAGCCACAACGAUUCCCCUUGGCUCCCCUAUGGAGACUCCCCAUGAGCUUACCAUCAGCGACAUUGCUUUUCCGGACCCCGACACUGCUGUUCCCCCGCAAGAAGCAGCUAUCCCGGAUAUGACCGACUCCUAUUCCUUGCCAAACCCCGGUCAAGUCGCAACUCACGAUGAAGUGCCCGAAACUUCCUCCGAUGGCACCGAGGCGAUGCCGGAGGUGACCUAUGAUCAGAGCUACCCGAUUCUGGACGAAUCCCAGACGGAACACGGUCAUGAUAAGGAUGUGCCUCUGGGUGAUACCGAUGGUCACAUAACGGAAGUCCAGCCAAUACAGCAUCAAGAAGAGGAGGAAAAUCCUCCAGUUGAGACUAUCCAUGCGCAACCUUUGGAUGCAGAAUCUGGCCAUGAUAAGGAUGUGCCUAUGGAUGAUACUGAGGAUCAAGUGGAAGAAGUCCAGCCUAUCCAGCACCAAGAAGCAACUGAUGCGCCAGUAAUGAACACGGAACAUGGUCAUGAUGAUGCGCUUGUGGAUGGUACCGAGGGUCAAGUGGUGGAAUCCCAGCCCCAGGAAGACGAGCUUCCUCCAACUGAGACUACCGAUGUGCAAGCUCUGGAUGCGGAACCUGGCCAUGGUGAGGAUGUGCUUAUAAAUAGCACGGGCCAAGUGGUGGAAGUCGAGCCUCCACAGGACGAAGGACAAUCUCUUCCAACUGAGACAAUUGAAACGCAAGCUUUGGACGCAGAGGAAGGAAACACAACACACACCAGCGAGCAGGACGAGUAUGAACCUGCAGACACCAAUGGCGAGGCUGAGAACAAUGACGACAUCUGGGGAGGUCCUGCCAAUGAGGACGCCGCGGAGGAUGAUUUCUUUAACCAGUUGAAGACACAGACAAAGCCGAUCUAUGUACCCGCGGAAACUGAAUCUCGAUUCGAGGAGGGCGUCCCAUUACUGGAUGAUACCCCCGAGUCACCGGCUAAGCCGACUGCGCCAGAGGAGAGUCAAAUCGAUAACUUCUUUGCUGGCGAUGAAGAUGAAGAGGAUGGAUUUUUCAAGACUGUCCAGAGCUCUGCGCCUCCAGAAGAAUCUGAGGCACCAUCACAUAUCACGCGCAAGAGCACGUUCCAAGUCAUGGACUCCCUCGGUGUUUCACCGGAUUCUCCGAUGAGCGAUGCGGACCCCGCUGCGCAAGAGUUCGAUAGCGUUUUGGCUGCUGCCGCGUCUGAGAACAAUGUCAAAAAGUCGUCUUCGGAAGAGGACUUGGCCGCCCGCUGGGAGGCCGAGCUUUCCGAAGAACCGGUGGUAGCUGCUCCUACCGAGGACGAUCUGGCGGCGCGGUGGCAGAUGGAACUCGAUGACGAUGACGACCUACUUUUAGAGGAUGAGGUCGCCGAGGCCCCUGCAGUGGAUCAGGGACCGGCUCUUCAGAAUAUCAACGGUGCUCCCCCGAGCUUAAGCAGUCCCUUUGGCACUCCGCAGAUCUCCACAGCUGCUUACACGCCGCAUCAGCCAUCCACCUCGGAUUUGCUUCAUGGGAUACCCCUACCAGGUGCAGCACCUCCGGCAAACAUUGCAGCAUCUGCAGACUAUUUCGCGCGACAGCCUCCGCCGAGUGCUGGUGCAAACAAAGCAGAAAGCUUUGCUGAACGGGCGAAGGAAGGUUACAGAUCACCAUAUGACCUUCCGGAAGAUCUUACGCGAUCUCGACGGCCUGUUGCCAGUCAUAAGCCAGUGGUCACACAACCUGGUAGUACUCCACCUCCCCCACGGAGCAAUAGCAUUCCAGUGCCUCCCCCGAAUCCCUCGACUGUGUCAGCACCCCGGAUGAGCACACCUCCGGCCGGAACAUCAUCAACAGCAACAAUGGCCGCUCCUAAGAACUUUUAUGAAGAGCUUCCUCUACCACCUCCUCGGACGCAGUCUCGACAGGCCAGCUCCGGACGGUACACGCCCGGUGCCAAUGCAGCGCCGGCUGCGACAUCCCAUCCGCCUCCGCCGCCGGCCAAUCCAUAUGCCAGCCUUCCUGUUGCGACCCCGCCGGCUGUUGAUGCUUAUACCCCCCCUCCAAUCCAGCAACCCGAAAGACUAGAUUCGUAUGGAAGCCUUUCGGCUCUCAGUGCCCCAAGCGGUUCGUCUGCUCCUCCCGUCACUUCGAGGUACUCGCCAAAACCCCCUACUGUGCAAGCCGGCAUAAAGCCGCCGCCGUCCCCUAGAUAUUCUCCGGCACCUCCUCCAGCCGUCACCGCACCACCGACUCGCAAUCGCUAUGCCUCUCAGCCGUCUAUUCCGCCCAUUCAGGGAACUGCACUUCCCUUCCAGCCUCGCACUUCGAGCCCCCUGGCUUACCAUGAGAAGGUGUCUUAUCGUUCCCAUGAGAAUCUCGACCAGCAACUUUCCAUGGAACCGCCAGCUAGUAUUCCGCCCAUUGAGGUGCAGGAGCAGCCAAGUGGCCCUGCUGUAAACUCUCCUACCGUAUCGUCUGGAUUUGCGUUUGGUCCGGAGACUGUGAGCGGGGAUGCCAGCGCACACCAAAUGUCCCAGCAGCCGAUGUCUCCUCCCAGAAAUCAGUAUGCUCCUCCGGACUAUGUGGAUGAGUUUUCGAAACGCGUUGCCCCAAUUGGCAGCGUUCCACCAGCACCCGUAGCACCGGCUGAGGACUCGCCAUUUGUCCCUCCGCGCAGGUCAUUGACACAAUCUCCAGGUCAGCAAGCGCUGGGCCCAAGGUUGUCUGUGCCCACGGUCGAUCCCCUUCAAAGGCCUGCGUCUGUUCAUGGCUCUGGGUCUCCAAUAAAGGCUGUGAAUCCUUACGCACCAGUCCAGGUCUCGGCACACAACCGUGUCGCCUCCCAGCCUCUCGACUUCAUUCCUCCUACUGAUGACCAGCAGUUUGAUCCCCUCGAACGCUGGAAAGGUGCUCCGAUUGUUAAGUUUGGAUUUGGUGGUGCGAUCCUCUCGUGCUCCCCCAAACACAUUCCCCGAUACUCUGCGGGCCAAGCCACUCCUAAGAUCAAGUCCAGCCCCGGAGAGGUAAAGAUUCAUCAGCUCAGUGACUGGAUUUCUACGCCUGAUACUAUCGUGCGACACCCGGGACCUCUGAAAUCCAAAUCUAAAAAGAAGGACCUACUUGCUUGGCUCUCCAGCAAAAUCGCUGCGUUCGAAAAUGAAGGUAUCCCGGAGAGUUCUCGACUGCAUCCAGACUCCCAGAAGAGAAACGAUGAGAAGAUCCUGCUAUGGAAGGUCGUUCGCGUCUUGGUCGAACAUGACGGUGUUCUUGAAGGAUCCCCUGAUGUUCAGAAGUCCUUGCGUCAGAUCAUAUUUCCACACUUGCAGGACGGUGACUCCGAACAGACCUAUGGCGGCAGCCUGCCAUCCUUCAACACCAGCCAGCCGUUGGAUUCUCCGUCUCGUCCGGAUGCUGUUGAUCCCCAAGCGAUAGAGAAUGUUCGUAAUAACCUUCUCUUAGGUGAGCGUGAAAAGGCUGUCUGGGGCGCAGUGGACCAUCGUCUAUGGGGACAUGCCAUGAUCAUAGCGUCAACAAUGGACAAACCUGUCUGGAAGCAGGUUGUUCAGGAAUUUGUGCGACGCGAAGUGAGGUCUGCCUCAGGCAACACCGAAUCGCUUGCAGCUCUCUAUGAGAUCUUUGCCGGGAAUGUCGAAGAGAGCGUCGACGAGCUUGUGCCUCCCUCCGCUAGGGCUGGGUUGCAGAUGGUCAGCAAAGUCAAUGGACAGGGACCCCCGAAGAAUGCACUUGAUGGUCUCGACAGCUGGAGGGAUACCUUGGGUCUGGUGUUGAGCAACCGCAGCCCCGAAGACCACCAGGCGCUAUUAGCCCUUGGCCGGCUUUUAUCAUCCUAUGGCCGAAUUGAGGCUGCACAUAUCUGCUUCAUCUUCUCUCGAGCUGCUGUAUUUGGCGGUGUGGAUGAUCCGCAGGCGAGCGUGGUCCUCCUCGGAGCUGAUCACCAGCACAUGUCGUCUGCUGCGUUGCAGGAUGAUAAUUCCAUUCUACUGACUGAAGCAUACGAAUAUGCUACCUCUGUUCUUUCGGCUUCUCCUAAGCCUGUGCUACCCCAUCUUCUCGCAUUUAAAUUGGUACAUGCUUGCUCUCUCGCAGACCAAGGCCGCAAAUCGGAAGCUCAGCAGUAUUGUGAUGCAAUUGCAGCUACCCUGAAAGCAACUACCAAGCCAUCAACCUAUCAUCACCAGCACUUGUAUUUCGGAGUUGAUGAGCUCUCGGCACGUCUGAGACAAACAACCAGCGACGGCGGAUCAUCCUGGAUUUCUAGACCCAGCAUGGAGAAGGUCUCUGGGUCGAUGUGGGCGAAAUUCAAUAGUUUCGUCGCUGGUGAGGAUAACGAAGCUGCAUCUGCUGGUUCCACAAAGGCUGGCGAUGGAGAUAUCGGGCCAUUUGCCAAGAUCGCCGGUACGCCUACUGUUAGUCGCUCACCUUCCAUGUCGGAUAUUUACGCACCAUACGCUGCACAACCGAACUAUAGCAGUGGUCCGUCGCGGUACCAGCCAAACAACCAAUAUGCCCCAACCUCUUCUCCUGAGCAGUUGCGCGGCAGAUCAUCCCUCGACUCCCAGAGAUCUUCUUCGUACGGGUUUGGUUAUGGCCAGCGACGGGGAUCGCAAGAACCUUCAACCCCGGUUGAGAGCAAUAUGUAUCAAGGGGGGAUGCCUUUCAACUCUCCGCCCGCUACUGGCUAUCAGUCGACCCCUCCUCAGACGUCUUAUAUGCCUCUUGCGCCAGUCAAAGAAGACCUGGCCCCUCAGUCCCAUGCCGACGCCUCGAGUGCCCCGGUACAAGAAGCAUUUGGCAGCGGUUCUCCGUAUCAGCCACCAGGUUACGGUUCCUUUGGUCAGCCAUUCAUGAAUCAGCCUUCCGAAACAGCGCCUACUUCAGAUGCGGGUGGUUAUAUGCCUCCAACUGGGAGCGGCGGCUAUGAAGCUCCCUCCGGUGAAAGUCAUGUGGAACCUGCAACGGCCAUGCCGGAAGAAAGCAACGAUGAAGAGCCACCAAAGAAGAAAUCCUUCAUGGAUGAUGACGAUGAGGAUGAUCUAGCCGCCCGUGCUGCUGCCAUCCAGAAGGCUGAAAAGGCACGCAAGGACCGGGAAGCGGAUGAAGCCUUUAGAAAAGCCGCAGAGGCGGAUGCUCAGAAACCUGCACCCGCUAAGAAGGGAUGGUUCGGAGGGUGGUUCGGUGGUGCUGCUGGCAGCGGGAAGAAAGAGGGCGAGAUAUCCAACAAACCCAUUCGGGCCAAGCUUGGCGAGGAGAACUCGUUCUACUACGACACUGAUCUGAAGAAAUGGGUCAACAAGAAAGACCCCGGCAGUGCUACUGCCGCCCGCGCCACACCGCCGCCCCCACGAGCUUCGGCACCUCCCAGCAGAACCGCCAGUGGCAGCAGUGCAGCACCACCUCCUCCUGCGUCAGGACCAUCUCCGAUGUUGUCGGGUCCUGGCAGUCGGCCACCUUCUACCACCGGGGUCCCACCUCAUCCCGGCAGUCCAGGUCCAUCUUCGCUGGGUCUCCCUCCUCCCUCCAUCCAACGGUCCGUCUCUACCGGUGCCGCCAUGCCCACGCCACCAAUCGGUUUGGCAGCACCCCCCAGGCCUGCGACUUCUCUGAGCAAUGCCAGUUCAAUCGACGACCUGCUCGGGGCCCCACAAGCUCGCAAAGGCCCCGCAGCUAGAGGAAAGAAGAAGGGGCGUUAUGUUGACGUGAUGGCAAAAUAA